AGGGCUUUCUGGUGUUUCCCUACUGCUAGGCACUUGGGUUCCCUUGGACCGGGCGCAGGAUCUGGCGCAGGAGCUGGGCGUAUACGAGGCGCUGCGGUGCCUGUUCGAGUUCAACCCGGCGCCGGGCGAGAAGCCGCCGACGGCGCCGCGCAGCCUCGAGUCAAUGUACAACAAGCGCAAGGCCGCAGAGGCCGCCGACGCGGCGGUGCCGAAGAGGCGCACGGGCAGCGGCACGGCGGCGGCCGAGGCUCCGCGGCAGCGGCAGGGCUCGGGGUCGCUGUCGUCGAUCCUCAACACCACAGACCAGCCGCUGUGGCAGCCGCACUCGCCGGCCACGCCGCAGCGGCGCGCAGCCACGCACUACCCGACGCCGACGGACAGGCGGCCGCGGGCGUACGGCCAGGCGGCGACGCCGACAGACGGGCGGCACGCGCUGCGCGACAUCACCAACGCGCACCGCGGCAUCAGCACGCACUGCGACAAGCCGUCGCCGUCCGCAAUGGCGGCGACGAUGCUGAGCCCGACGGCGACCAUGACGCCGCCGGCCUCGGCGCAGCGGGGCGCAGUGCCGUUCGGCGCGCAGCAGCCGCCCAACAGCGCGCCGGCGCGGCUGGACCACCCGGGCGCGGCGCAGCAGCAGGCGUUCAUGCAGCUGGUGGCGUUUGUGUCGCGGCCGCGCGCCCAGCACCAGGCGCCGCCGGUCGACGUCGACGUGGCUCUGCGGCAGCGCGGCGGCGCGCUGGCCAACGCGCCGAUCGCCGGCGACGGCAGCACGCUGCUGCACGCGGCGACGCUGAACGCGCACUGGGACGUCGUGCAGGCGCUGCUGGACAAUGGCGCCGACUGCACGCGGCCGACGCAGGACGGGCUGACGCCGCUGAUGCUGGCGGCCGGGUCGCUCGGCGCGUGGCGCCAGCGCGACGCGCAUAUUUUUGCGUGGCUGCUGGACGCCAUGCCGGCGGCGCUGUGCUGCCGCGACGCGAAUGGCCGCAGCGCGCUGCACUGGGCCGUGGCGUCGGUCGGCACCGAGUGGCCGCUGGCGUCGGCGCACUACGCGCAGCUGCUGGCCGAGCGGCUGGAGCGCAUGCGCCGCCCCGACGCCGCGGCCUGGCGCGACUCCCGCGGCCGCACUGCUGCGGAGCUGGGCGGCCGCAUGGGCAAUGCGCCGGCGGCCGAGGCCCUGGCGAGCGGAAUUCUGGCCGAGCGGGCCGCCGGCCAUCACGUGCCGGCCGCGGACCGCUACGAGCAUGCGGCCCUGCGGGCCGGCGAGCUUGUGCGCGCGGCGGCCGACGAGAUGCGCCGCGUGCACCGCGUGCGCGGCGACGUGCUGGACGCGGACAUGCGGCGGGCGGCGGCGCUGCUGCUGGAGUUGCGCGCCGAGCACGCGGACGCGGUGGUGCGCGCGCGCGACUACGGCCGCGUGGCGGGCGAGUGCGUGGCGGCGGCGCGGCGCGAGGCGGCGCUCAAGCGGAGGAUCGAGGCCGCGGUCAACCUGCAGCAGGCGGCGCGCGCACUGGCUGCGGUGGAGGGCGCUGGCGGCGGGGUGGCCGAUGGGGCCGAGCCGCCCGCAUCUCCUGCGGGGGCCGCAUCGCCCGCAUCUCCUGCGGGGGCCGCAUCGCCCGCAUCUCCUGCGGGGCCCUCGUCGCCUGCGCUCAUGCAGCGCGCGCUGGAGCUGCGCCGGGCGAAUGCUGCGUACGAGGCCGAGUCGCGCAGGCUCGCGCGCGAGUACGCCGAGCUGGCGGCCGUUGUGCGGCCGUGGCCAGCGGCGGAUGAGGGCGCGGGCGCAGGCUCAGGCGCAGGCUCAGGCGCAGGCUCAGGCGCAGGCUCAGGCGCAGGCUCAGGCGCAGGCUCAGGCGCAGUCCCAGACGCGGAGGCCGCCGAUCUGCUGGCGAUGCGCGCAGCGCUGCAGGGCGAGGAGGAGCGGCUGCACAAGAUGGAGCGCGUUGUGGCCGCGGCCUGCGGUGACCUGUCGAUGGAGAAGGUGCGCAAUGUCGUUGGGCCUGUGCUGUCGGUGCUGAACAACGGCAAUACUCUGUCUGCCGAUUGAAGUCGCUUGUUUUCUCGCUUAGGCCUUUUUAUGACUUGACAUUAUAAAACCCCCCUCACCCCUCUGCUUGCAUGCUUUUCCUCUGCUUGCAUGCUCUUCCUCUG